GUCAUGGACCCAGCCAUGGCCGCUAUUCUGGAAAGGGGCCCAGCCGUCAGACCACCCAAUCCAUCAGACCCCUAUUAUGGUCGGAAAGACCACACAGCUGCCAGGGAGCACAGAGCCACUAUAUUGAAGGAAAAGUGGAAGCUUCGAUACCUUCCCGGCCCCAUCACUGAAGUUACCGAAGAGGACCGGAAAAUCCCCGUUCGUGAUGGAUCAGCGAUCACAAUCAGGGUCUACAAGCCUGCAGCGAAGAAAGACGGCAGUAGUCCCUUGAUUGUCAUGUUCCACGAAGGCGGAUGGGGGAUGGGAGACUUGACUGAUGAGGAGGUUAAUUGCCGACUGUUCUCUCGAGAUCUGGGAGCUGUUUGCGUCAAUGUGGAAUACAGGCUUGUACCUGAGCAUCCAUUCCCAACCUGGAUCAAUGACUCGUGGGAUGCACUUCAGUGGUGUGCUAAGAAUGCCUCAAUGCUUGGUGCCGACCCUUCGAAGGGGUUUAUAGUUGGGGGAGGAUCGGCAGGUGGUAAUAUAGCAGCUGUACUCGCACACAUCGCACGAGAUGAGCAGCUAUCGCCUCCUCUAACAGGCCAAUAUCUUUGUGUUCCUGCUAUUAUGUGUUUCAUGCCGCCAUCUCAUCUUCCUGCCCAGUAUCAACCAGAGUAUAUCUCUCAUCCUAUCGUGACGCCUUGCAAGGACCCUAUUUUCAACUUGACGUUGGGAUCUUUCAGCCCCCUUGCUUCCGUUGCCGGGUUCAUCCUGAGUCUUCUGCCCUUGAGUCUUCUGGCAAAGGUCUUCAGUAUGGCAGGCAUGAGGGGCGAUAUGUCUAGCCCGUUAUUUGUGCCAUUUCUCUACGGUAAAGAGGAACGAGGGCACAGGGAUCUUCCACCAGCUUACUUCCAAGUAUGCGGGCUGGAUCCUCUGCGUGACGAAGCACUGAUAUAUGAACGAGUCCUAAGGGAGGAGGCCGACGUGAAUACCAAGGUUGAUGUGUAUAAGGGCUUGGGUCAUUACUUUUGGACGAAUUUCCCUGAGCUAGAAAUGAGCAAGACAUUCGUCGAGGAUACCAUCAAAGGUAUGAGAUGGCUACUGGAACAAAAAUAG